GUAUAUGAUGCGCGGUACCUCGUCUCGGUGUAUAUCUAGCAUCCUCCGUUGCUUCUGGGAGGCAAACGGAACCCGUACAAGGAUCCAGCCAGUAACAAUGUAUGGCCUGUAAGCUGCCAACCAUGGCCCACAAGAAGAAGCCGGAAGCUAGCGGGGGAAUCAACAUGGCAGCACCCGCCCCUAGCCGUGCCCUUCAUUCUACAGAGAGACAAGACCAAAAGUCUCUGCCCUCUCGGCCCCGCCCAGUUCGCUAUCCCAAAGAGUCACAUGGUCAGAAGCCACUCCCCAGGCCAUCCAAGGUCCAAUACCCUCUUCCGAAGUGCCGGGAAGUGAGUCCAAGCCAACCAGAAGAGGAGGUUGAAGUGGGCAUGGUCAAGCUGCAGUACUACAACCAAUCAGAACACAAGAUGGAACUGGAUGUGGUCAAGCCGCAAUACUUAAACCAACCAGAACAGGAGGUGGAAAUAGAUGAAGUAAAACCUCAAUACUACAGCCAAUCAGAGCAGGAGUUUGAGGAGGAAGGAGUGGACCCUCCGUACAACAGAAAACCAGAAAAUGAGGUAGAAGAUGUCGUCGAGCCCAAUUGCUACAGCCCACCAGAAGAUGAGUUGGAAGUGGGCGAGGUUGACCCUCAUUACUACAGCCAACCAGAACAGAAUGUGGAGGAGGUAGGGGCGGAGCUUCAGUAUUGUGGCCAACCAGAAGAGAAGGUGCAGAUGGAUGUGGUUGAACCUCAGUCUUGCAAUCAACAAGAGCGAGAGCUCGAAGGACACCGACCGCAAACACUGCCCACACUGGAACACAAGCCUCUGAAUGACCUUCCGGUUCAUGAUCUUCAUGUUUGUGACCUUCCCAUGCAAGAUCUUCCUGUUCGAGAGCUUCCUGUGCAUCAGCUUCCAGUGCAGGACUUUCCCGCAACUUUCCACAUUGCAGACGACAGCCUGGACGAUGACUCCAGCUCAGACUACAUGAACAACACCUCAGAAGAUGAGGAAGACUAUGACGAAGGCCUGGCGGAGGAGGACGAGGGCGUGACCUACUACAUCCGCUACUGCCCCGAAGAUGACAGUUACCUGGAGGCCCCGGAGAGCAGCCGGAACCAGCCCGGCCUCGACCAGGGGAAUAAGAGAAAGUACCCCCAGACCGCCCAGCAGGACAGACCAACCACGGACCAACCGAACCCGGAGGGGGAGGCGGAGUGGGUCCAGGAAGAGGAGGGCGAGGUCCGCUGUGAGGUGGUUGAGCAAGACCCCGACCAGCAGCUAUACGAGGGUCGCCCAGAGCCCGUUCUGGACCGCCAUCACCAACACCAUCAUCAUCAUCCCCCUCCACUGAACGGGGGGGUCGAGGAGGGAGAGCAGGACUACUGUCUCCCCAACAAAGAAGUAGAGCAGGAAGACUGUUAUCAAGGCGACUACUACGCCCACGAGGAGGUCAACGGUAACCCCCUGCCCCCGUCUCCGGACGCCGGCCGGCGAGCCGUGGUGGCGGCUAAAGAGAACGGGGACAGGCCAUGGCCGACGGGGGGCGACGAUGCUGAGGAAGACAUUGACCUUAUCGUGGCGGAGAUCAAGAUGAGCAUGAGCAUGGGCAGCCUGAACAGCAGCGCCGAUCACAGCCCUGAGGAAUACCAGUACCAGGCCCCCGCGCCCCCACACCGCCAGGACGGCCGUCCCAAGUCCCUCAACCUAUCGUCCAAUAGUCACAACAACGCAGAGGUCCAGAGUGUCUUCAAGGCCUACCAGCGCAGCCCAGCCGAGGAGGAGCAGAGGUGGUCCCCGGAAGAGGUGAGCAGUAGGGGGGAGGGCCCGAGGAGACAGCAGCAGCGUUCUGACCUCAACGUUCCGCUGGAGAACAACAAUGUUCCUGAGACCAAGAAAGCCACAGCCUUCCCCAGUUUCGUCGAUGUCCCAGGUCCCUGUGAGCCAGAGGACCUGAUCGACGGGAUCAUCUUCGCUGCAAACUACCUGGGCUCCACCCAGCUGCUGUCGGAGAGAAACCCCUCCAAGAACAUCCGCAUGAUGCAGGCCCAGGAGGCUGUGAGCAGGGUCAAGACUGCGGAGGUAGACACCCAAACGAUGACGGAGGUGGAUCUCUUCAUCUCCACUCAGCGGAUAAAAGUUCUGAACGCAGACUCCCAGGAAACGAUGAUGGACAACGCACUGCGCACCAUAUCCUACAUCGCUGACAUCGGGAACAUCGUGGUGCUUAUGGCGAGGCGGAGGAUGCCGCGCAUGGCGUCGCAGGACUGCAUUGAGACAACGCCAGGGGCCCCUGAGACCAAGAAACAGUACAAGAUGAUCUGCCACGUCUUUGAGUCGGAGGACGCCCAGCUCAUAGCCCAGUCGAUCGGCCAGGCCUUCAGCGUGGCCUACCAGGAGUUUCUGAGAGCUAACGGCAUCAACCCAGAGGACUUGAGUCAGAAGCAGUACAGUGAUGUCAUCAACACCCAGGAGAUGUAUAACGAUGACCUCAUUCACUUCUCCAACUCUGCGAACUGCAAAGAGCUGCAGUUAGAGAAGAGCAAAGGGGAGAUCCUGGGCGUGGUGAUCGUGGAGUCGGGGUGGGGCUCCAUCCUGCCGACGGUGAUCCUGGCCAACAUGAUGAACGCCGGGCCGGCGGCGCGCUCCGGGAAGCUCAGCAUCGGAGACCAAAUCAUGUCCAUCAAUAACACCAGCCUGGUGGGGCUGCCACUGGCCACCUGCCAAGGCAUCAUCAAGGGCUUGAAGAACCAGGUGCAGGUGAAACUGAACAUCGUCAGCUGUCCUCCUGUGACAACGGUCCUAAUUAAGCGACCAGACCUUAAAUACCAGCUGGGCUUUAGUGUGCAGAAUGGCAUUAUUUGCAGUUUGAUGCGGGGGGGCAUCGCGGAGCGAGGGGGGGUCCGUGUGGGACACCGCAUCAUCGAGAUCAACAGUCAAAGUGUGGUUGCCACCGCCCAUGAGAAGAUCGUCCAGGCCCUCUCCAACUCAGUGGGAGAGAUCCACAUGAAGACCAUGCCAGCUGCCAUGUUCAGACUGCUUACUGGACAGGAAACACCAAUAUUCAUUUGAAGGAAGGGGAAGGACCAUGCAUAACUCAUCAAGCCGACAGCUAGGAUUGGUCUUCACAAUCCCAAGGUGCAACCCGAGCGGACCAAUAAGGACAGCUUUUUCCCCUGGACAACAAAACAGAUUGAACAUUAUUUUCUUUCAAUGUUUAUCCUCCCAUUCUGUGCAAACAUGUCAGGGCUUCCCACACCCAUGCUCUCCUCAUCGAACAUGCCGGGAGUGAUGAUGUCACCAACACAUCAGGUGGUUGAGAACGAGCAGGCGUUUUUUUCUAUUUAUGUUCUACUUCUGUUGGGAGUGCGAUAAUUUUCCUGUGCUUCUACUGUCUCGAUGUCCGUUCUGUUGAUAUUUAUUUUAACCAUGUAAAUAGUGGCUGAUGUCUCUGAGAGAAAGGUUGAAGGUCAAACAUAAAGAAAGGAAAGGGUUGAGUGUGUAAAUAGGUGAGCUGGAAAACACAGGUAUGCUUUAUCUUUAUUUAAUGAGAUUUUGUGAACCUACAGCGCGAAGUAUCGCGCCGAUGAGUUUGUAUGCUAACGUGCUAAUCUGCAGGUGGACAAGGAGGUCUCAGCAGAGGCUAACCGGGAGCAACGGCCAUUUUGUUACAGAUACGACUACUACUAGUUUAGGCCAAUAGAAAAAAAUUCCAACUCUGGAAUGGACAUCACAAAAGGGAUCCUCACAUAAUUUACCGUUCCCAUGAAUGGAUAUACGACGCCUCAUUUCAAUAAGAUGCGAUGCAACUUCAAGAACAUUUACAGUAAUAACUUAGCUUAUGACAUCGAGGUCAUUCUUUUGAAAAAGAUAAAGUUUUAACAUUCUUCUUUUUAAGUGACUAAUCUGUGCGUGUGUUUCUGUACCUGGGUAUGUGUACUUAUUUGUUGUUUCUGGUGGGGGGGAGGGGAGGAGUGUACUGUGAAUGUAUUGUUUUAUGUGAGCUCUGUUGUCAUCAGCAGUACAAGAAUGUCUUUACAUAAGAAUUAAAAUGUCUAGUAUAUUGUGCCCAUGUCUCACUCACGUUUUAGUAUCUGCUAGCACACAACUUCCUGUCAAGAGUGUGAGAAAGAAAGAGCUAUUUAAUUGCACUGUGGCAGAAAAAACAGCUGUCCUACUUACUUUGGAGUUAUGGCUUAUAAAGAAAAAAAAAGACUGAAAACCCUACGCAUACAAACAUCUUCUGUGUGCAUGCCUCUGUGUGCAAUAACUAUCAGUAAUUUCUGCAAGAUAAUAAAACGGAACCAAUUUGACUCAGUUUACCUGGAUGCUUAUUUAAUCUUUGGUUCCAAACACUUUAUGGGCUCCAAACGUAUAACAUUGUUAUGCAGUGUAAUGUGUAUCGUUAUUGCAUAUGUUAUCCAUCAACAUAUGCAAGUUAUGUCCCAAUGAAGUUGUUGGUAGUAAUUUGCUUUUGUCAAAGAGUCAUUAGGCUGCUCUUGGUCAUAAUGAAUCUAACACAUUUAGCUUAUAUGACUGAAUCUCCCACAAUAUGCAUUUCAAGCAAUCGCAACCCGCAGGUUUGGAAACACCGGCACUCUUUUGAUUGUUUCGAUCUGUCUGAUUAUCUAUGGAAUGGCUUAUAAAAUCUUGUGACUUGAGUCCCCUAAUGCCCAUUUUAAAUAAUGCAGGUAAGUAACCAAAUUGGAUCUCAUGGUAUUUAAUAAACAUUUAUUAAUGUCAUUCAUUUAUUCUGUUUCGGAUGUAAAAAGGCAGUAUAUCAGUGUGAUUGUAUGUCUCUGACUGUGGCUGUUAGACUGUGUGUCUCUUCUAGCAUCAUCAUGGCGUUUGGUCGCUUUGAUCACACUUCAGCAUGACCUUGACCCCGUGACCUUGGCGUGUGGUCUCAAAGGCCUGAGCGGCGUCCUCCAGGGGGAAGCGGUGGGUCACCAGUGGCUUCACGUUCACCUUCCC